AUGCACCCAAACGGAGCAAUCGCCAUAAUCAUCAUCUUGAUUCUCCUCGUCUUCGGUGGGCUGACCUACGCUCUCGUACAUUGGAUUACGAAUACGCCAAAGAAAAGCCCUUCAAGUGAGCAGCAAAGCGGCACGACAACUAGUCGGGGACAGAGUACUUCGCAGGCGCGAACUUCAUCAUCAUAG